AUAAAGGCAAUUGCAUGACAACAAUACAAUUACACUGCAAAAAGACAGUUCUUGUUUCUGCAAGUCAUGGCUGAAACUAUUGUAAGUGAAGCAACCUCUCUCUUCUUUCCUAUACUACUCUUAUCGUCUAUCAUCUUUCUCACCCUAAAGCAUUUCAAGUCUUAUUUCCUAUCAAAAACUAGUCUCCCACUUCCUCCAGGACCAACUCCAUGGCCAAUCUUGGGCAAUAUUCCUCAUAUGGGAAAAAAGCCUCACGUCACUCUAGCAAACUUUGCUCGCUCAUAUGGCCCUCUCAUGUCACUUAGAAUAGGAACUCAAACCAUGGUCAUCGGAUCAUCGAUAAGUGCUGCAGUGGAAAUUCUCAAAACGCAUGAUCGCGUCUUAUCGGCGCGAAGUGUUCCUCAUGCAUUUCCAGCCAAGAGCCCAAAAUUGAAUCAUGUAUCAGUCGGAUGGGCACUGGAGUGCAAUGAUAGAUGGAAGCAUGUACGAACAAUAUGCCGAACUGAGCUCUUCUCGGCCAAGGCAAUGGAGUCUCAAGCAUGUUUGAGAGAUAAAAAGGUAUCGGAAAUGGUGGAGUUUUUGAAUGGGAAAGAGGGAGAGAAAGUAAAAGUUGGAGAAGUGGUUUUUGCCACUGUGUUUAACGUGUUGAGUAAUGCUCUAAUAUCGAGUGAUUUUAUGAGAUUCGAGAAGGAGAUUGUGGAUAGAGGGUUGAAGGAUCUUUUGGGAGAAUAUAUGGAGGUGACUGGAGCUCCAAAUCUGUCUGAUUUUUAUCCAAUUUUAGGUGCAUUAGAUCUUCAGGGUUUAAACAAGAAUGCAAUGGAAGUGUUUAGGAGGGUCUGUGCUACGUGGGAUCCCAUUAUCGAAGACAGGAGAGAAGGAAGAAGAGGCAAUGCAUCAAGCCAAAAGGACUUCUUGGACGCCCUCAUCGACAAUUCUUGUACCAAUGAUCAAAUCAACUAUCUGCUUCUGGAGCUAUUCGCUGCUGGUACAGACUCUAGUAGCAAUACGAUUGAGUGGGCGAUGGCAGAACUAAUAAAAAGUCCAGAAUCCAUGAAAAAAGUCCGCGAAGAAAUGACGAGAGAAAUCAAACAAGAUUUGCUAAAAGAAUCCCAUCUACCUCACCUACAUUACCUUCAAGCCUGUUUCAAAGAAACUUUGAGAUUGCACCCUCCAGCACCACUUCUAGUUCCUCGCCGCGCACUUGACUCAUGCAAAGUGAUGAAUUAUGCCAUUCCCAAGAAUUCUCUAGUAUUAGUAAAUGUUUGGGCGAUUGGGCGAGACCCCGUGAUUUGGGAAGAUCCAUUGAAAUUUAAGCCAGAGAGGUUCCUCAACUCGACUUUGGAUUUCAAAGGGAAUGAUUUUGAGUUCUUACCCUUUGGCGCGGGAAGAAGAAUCUGCCCUGCCUUGCCCUUGGCAGCAAAGAAUUUUCCUUUCAUACUCGCUUCAUUGAUUCAUUACUUUGAAUGGUCACUUCCACAUGGAAAUGAUCCAGAUGAGCUAGACAUGAAUGAGAAGGUUGCUAUAACAUUGCAGAAGGAACUACCCUUGGUCCUCAUUCCCAAAGUUAAGAAAUGACCAAAUUCCUAAAGUUAAGAAAUGACCAACAGAUUGAUCCAAUCUUCAUACUAUUAUAAUAAUCACUUGUGUACGGUUUAUUAUGUAAAAUAUGGUUCAUUUUACCAGUUUUCAACUAUGUAAGCUUAUUUUUAAUUUUCAAUACAUAUUUGUAUCAAUAAAAGAGAGCUUAUUAUGAUCAAUCGCAUGUUAAU